AUGGUGAAACACUACAGAAUAGGUUUAGAUGAAAAAUAUGAAGUAACAAAAAAGUGGUCUUUGGACGAUCUGCAGAUGAUUGAUGGGAAAGAAGCGGAUACUGAAAAUCCUGAAUUUGAUUUACAUUUUGAAAAAAUAUAUAAAUGGGUUGCCAGCAGCACUGCUGAGAAGAAUGCAUUUAUUUCAUGCAUCUGGAAACUGAAUCAACGAUAUCUCCGGAAGAAAAUUGAUUUUGUCAAUGUUAGUUCACAGCUCUUGGAAGAAUCUGUUCCAAGUGGAGAAAAUCAGAGUGUGACAGGAGGUGAUGAGGAAGCAGUUGAUGAGUACCAAGAGUUAAAUGCAAGAGAAGAGCAGGAUAUUGAAAUAAUGAUGGAAGGCUGUGAAUAUGCAAUCUCUAAUGCUGAGGCCUUUGCAGAAAAGUUGUCCAGAGAGCUGCAGGUGCUAGAUGGGGCCAACAUCCAGUCAAUCAUGGCCUCUGAAAAGCAAGUGAACAUCCUGAUGAAGUUGCUGGAUGAGGCUCUAAAGGAGGUGGAUCAGAUUGAAAUGAAACUGAGCAGUUAUGAGGAAAUGCUCCAAAGUGUGAAAGAACAAAUGGAUCAGAUCUCUGAAAGCAACCACCUAAUUCAUCUUAGUAAUACCAAUAAUGUAAAACUCCUAUCUGAAAUAGAGUUCCUUGUGAACCACAUGGACUUGGCCAAAGGUCAUAUAAAGGCCCUUCAGGAAGGAGAUCUUUCUUCUUCCAGAGGCAUUGAGGCCUGCACCAACGCCGCCGAUGCCCUUCUGCAGUGCAUGAAUGUCGCUCUUCGACCAGGCCAUGACAUGCUUCUGGCCGUGAAACAGCAGCAGCAGCGUUUUAGUGAUUUGCGAGAGCUUUUUGCCCGGAGACUGGCCAGUCACCUCAACAAUGUUUUUGUCCAACAGGGUCAUGAUCAGAGUUCAACUCUUGCUCAACACUCUAUUGAACUGACUUUACCUAACCAUCAUCCAUUCCAUCGAGAUUUGCUGCGAUAUGCCAAGCUAAUGGAAUGGCUAAAGAAUACAGAUUAUGGAAAAUAUGAGGGACUAACAAAGAAUUACAUGGAUUAUUUAUCACGUCUAUAUGAGAGAGAAAUCAAAGAUUUUUUUGAAGUUGCAAAGAUCAAGAUGACAGGGACAACUAAAGAAAGCAAGAAGUUUGCUACACUGCCUCGAAAAGAAAGUGCUGUCAAACAGGAAACAGAGAGUCUUCAUGGAAGUUCUGGGAAAUUAACUGGAUCUACUUCUAGUCUAAAUAAGCUCAGUGUUCAGAGUUCAGGAAAUCGCAGAUCUCAGUCAUCUUCCUUGUUGGAUAUGGGAAACAUGUCCACCUCCGAUCUUGAUGUUGCGGACAGAACCAAAUUUGAUAAGAUAUUUGAACAGGUAUUAAGUGAACUGGAGCCCCUGUGUCUGGCAGAACAGGACUUCAUAAGUAAAUUUUUCAAACUGCAGCAACAUCAAAGUAUGCCUGGAACUAUGACUGAAGCAGAAGAGCUGGAUGGAGGAACAUUUUCAAGGCAACAUAAUUCUGGCACACCACUGCCUGUCUCGUCUGAGAAGGAUAUGAUCCGCCAAAUGAUGAUUAAAAUAUUUCGCUGCAUUGAGCCAGAACUGAAUAACCUAAUUGCAUUAGGAGACAAAAUUGAUAGCUUUAACUCCCUUUACAUGCUAGUCAAAAUGAGUCAUCAUGUCUGGACUGCACAAAAUGUGGACCCUGCUUCCUUUCUAAGUACUACACUGGGAAAUGUUUUGGUGACUGUCAAAAGGAACUUUGACAAAUGCAUUAGUAACCAAAUAAGGCAAAUGGAAGAAGUAAAGAUCUCAAAGAAGAGUAAAGUAGGAAUUCUUCCAUUUGUUGCUGAAUUUGAAGAAUUUGCUGGACUUGCAGAAUCAAUCUUUAAAAACGCUGAGCGCCGUGGAGAUCUAGAUAAAGCAUACACCAAACUUAUCAGAGGAGUAUUUGUUAAUGUGGAGAAAGUAGCAAAUGAAAGCCAGAAGACCCCCAGGGAUGUCGUUAUGAUGGAAAAUUUUCAUCAUAUUUUUGCAACUCUCUCUCGUUUGAAAAUUUCAUGUCUAGAAGCUGAAAAAAAAGAAGCCAAACAAAAAUACACAGAUCACCUUCAGUCUUAUGUUAUUUACUCUUUAGGACAGCCACUUGAAAAACUAAAUCAUUUCUUUGAAGGUGUUGAAGCUCGUGUAGCACAAGGUAUAAGAGAGGAGGAAGUAAGCUACCAACUUGCAUUUAACAAACAAGAACUUCGUAAAGUUAUUAAAGAGUAUCCUGGAAAAGAAGUGAAAAAAGGUCUAGAUAACCUCUACAAGAAAGUUGAUAAACAUUUGUGUGAGGAAGAAAACUUACUUCAGGUGGUGUGGCACUUAAUGCAAGAUGAAUUUAUACGCCAAUACAAGCACUUUGAAGGCUUGAUAGCUCGCUGUUAUCCUGGGUCUGGUGUUACAAUGGAAUUCACGAUUCAGGACAUUUUGGAUUAUUGCUCCAGCAUUGCACAGUCCCACUAAACCUUGUGAAAGAAGAUCUGAUAAAGCACCAGACACUAUUCAGAAAUCUUAAGCUACUGUUCUGAGAACCCAGACUUAAAACAUACAAAAAAAAAAAAAAAGGGUAAUACCACGCUACAAACCUAUAUGUACAAACCUGUAUGGCAUUUUUAUUUGGCCAUUAGAUGUGUACUAACUUAAAGCAUUUAUCUCAUCAUAAAAUGCCUUUACAUUAUUUAUGACUCAACAGGAAAGUUUCCCUUUUUGCCUAGCUUCUUGUGUUUGAGUUACUACCCUAUAUGUAAAGCAUUGGGAGUUCAGUUUUCACUAAUUCUCUACUACUAAUAAAUCAUGUAACUACUAAAAUACUUUACAGAAUCAUUUUGUCCUCUCUAAUUAAUGUAGAUAUGUGUAAGGAAGCUAAUGUGUUGACCAGUUGUUAACUUGGAUUUUGAGGAUUAUGUGACUGUGUAGCAAAAACUAUGUCAAUCUGAAAUUUAAAAAGUUUCA